AUGUUCAAUCCACCAGAGAUCGACUAUCAUCGUUACUAUCGUCCAUCAUCAUCAAGAAUUAUCACCACAAAUGAUGAUACAUCCCGAAUAUUAACAGAUUCUGAUCCAUUGUGGAAAUUUUAUUCCUACGAUCCAUUAUUAAGUAUCAGUGCUCAUAUGCCAUUUAAUGAUACAAUGUUAAUAACUACAAAUACCUCUUCAUCAUCUUUUGUUAAUUCAUCGUCGAUACAACAGACUGAAGACGAUGCUAGUAAUGCAUUACUCUAUUUAAUCGUACCUAUUUAUUCUCUCGUAUUUGUUACUGGUACUAUUGGAAAUAUUCUUGUCAUACUCACUGUUCUUACAGUUAAACAAAUGCGAACAACAACAAACGCUCUCGUCCUUCAUUUAGCUAUAGCCAAUUUAUCAUUUGUUCUACUAUGUAUUCCACAUACUCUUUAUGUCUAUGUGGCAACAUCUUAUCGUUUCCCGAAAGCUAUUUGCAAAGUAACUUAUACCAUGAUGUAUUUAAGUGCAUAUGUUAGUAUUUACAUUCUUGUACUAAUGUCUGUUGAUCGAUUUUUGGGUGUUGUAUUAGCUGUAAAAUCCACACGUUUUCGAACACAACGUAAUGCUCAUAUUGCUGUAUCAAUUGUUUGGCUAUUUGGUAUUAUAUUUGCAUCAUCAAAUAUGUUUGUCUACGAUGUCAUUCCCUAUGAAGAACAUGUAUUUUGUACUACAAAAACAGACGUUCCAUUCUUAAAUUUAGUACGAAAAAUAUCGGCCUAUUGUUUUGCAUUACUUGGCCUUUUUAUACCAUUGGCUCUCAUAGCUGUUCUCUACGGACUUAUUAUUAAUACGCUAAGAAAAAAUGCUAAAGGUAAACAAGUACAAAAGGGCAAAAAACGCGUAACAAAAAUGGUAUCAGCUGUUAUUUCAUCAUUUGUCAUUUGUUGGUCACCAAUGCAAAUUUAUCUAUUGUAUACUCAAGUUUACUCACAAACAAUUAUAUCACUCGCUAUUAUUGCACAAAUUCUUGUCUAUAUUUCAUCUUGUAUCAAUCCAAUAUUGUAUGCAUUUUUAUCCGAACCAUUUCGUAAAGCAUUUCAACAAUUUUUAACAUGUUCAAAAAUUAAAUUAAUCACAACAGAUACAAUGGAUAAUACGACAAAGACUACUGGUCGAAAAGAGAGUUCAAUAUUAAGACAAAAACGUGAUUCAAAAGCUAAAUUUAAUUUACCACCAAAAAAGAGUCAUAAACGUAUUUUAAAUAAUAGCAGUGAGAAUGUGAAAAUUAGUUUGAGCAAUAUUAAUGAAAAUACUUUAAUGAUCUAUGAAAACACUGAAUAUGAAAGAUUGUCAACAAAAUAA